AUCCCGGAGCUGGUUCUCACUAUAUAAUCAUCACGGCAGGCAGUCUGGUGCCACUGUGGAGUACUGAUCAUCAGAAAACUGCGUGGAUAUGAAACUACUUUCAUUGAAGGGAUGUUGAGUUUAGUUGGGAUGUUUAAUUGAGUUAAGUUUCGAUGAGUUAAGAUUAGUUGAGUUGAGUUAGGUUUAGCUGAGUUAAGGUUAGAUUGCAGGUAGACACAAAAUGCUGGAGUAACUCAGCAGGUCAGACAGCAUCUCUGGAGAUAAGUUGAAGGAAUAGGUGACGUUCUUCAUCCAUCCAAACUGCAGCUUUAGAUUAGUUUGAUUUCAAAUUUGUACCAGCUUGAUAUCGUUGAACAUGGAAGCUCUGGUCCCAGAGAUGACUGAUUUGAGCUCACGGCUCUUGGACUUCAGCGCGGCAAAAUCACUCACCAUGUGUACAGGGAACGUGGUGAGGUGGUGCAACUCUACAAGACGCCAUCCCGUGCCGCCAGAGCAAGAGAUUCUGGACUGCAUCAAGGCUGCUUUGGGUGAAUGGGUUUCAAAGAUCAACCGUGAUCAAGUUGAACUGAUGGCACUAGCUGAGCAUGCUGUUUGCAGUCUAAUGCAAGAUAACGAGAGGAUUGGAGCCAAAGAGAGAGAAGACAUCAAACUCUCUGCCAAACUCUUCAUCUACAGCUUUGAACCUGGGAUGAUCAAAGAGAGUGCGUCCAGAGCCUGCCUGGAGCUGGGAGUGACUCAGUUUGACUCCAUUAUCCUGGCCCUGCCCCCACUGUCCGGAGGUGAGCGCCGAUCCCUGGAGGAGCUGCAACCUCCCUGGGAGGAGAUGGAGGCUCUGGUCCAAGAGAAGAAGGUGUCGUCUAUCGGAGUGUCCGACCUGGACCACCAACUGCUGGAGGCCCUUUGCCUAAAUGCUCAGGUACAGCCAAGUAGUUGCCAGGUGAACCUGGCCUCUUGCUGUGUGAUACCACCUGAUCUCACCACCUUCGCCAGUGAGAACAACAUCCAACUGUUGACCCACAAUGACCCCACAGAUAUCCUCCCGCUGGGACCGUUCCAGGAUGCCCUUGGUGCCAGCGUGCGGGGUCCGGGCACGGCCCAAUGGGCACCGCGCUGGAUCCUCCGGUACUCAGCCGUUAUUAAAAACAGAGGGAUCAUCAAGUCCAAAGGGUACGUGGUCAAGGCGGAGAGAGCAGCAGCGCAGUACUGAGCCCGCUCUGCGGCAAAAGGGUAGCGGUUGGAUCUCUCUCUUGACGUCUCACCACCUCCGGAAGCCCUAGGACACCACGAUGUAAACACAGAUGUUACCCGAGACCACCCACGAACUGUAAACCGAGACGACAUCUUCCCUGGUGGACAAAAGUGCUGGAGAAACUCAGCGGGUGCAGCAGCAUCUAUGGAGCGAAGGAAAUAGGCAACGUUUCGGGAUGAAACCCUUCUUCAGACUGAUCUGCGACAUCUUCCCUGGUGGUGCAGGCUCGAAGGGCCUCCUCCUGCACCUAUUUCCUAUGUUGCCCGCUGUUCACCUCUGACCUCAUACAAUCACACACCUUGAGGAGGCACGGUGGUGCAGCGGUAGAAUUGCUGCCUCCCAGCACCAGAGACCCGGGUUCGAUCCUGACUACGGGUGGAGUUUGUACGUUCUCCCCGUAACCGCGUGGGUUUUCUCCGGG